UACUAUACUAUAAUAAGCCAACAGGGGUAUAAUUUGUAGUCCCACUUUUUGUUCCCGUUUUUUGGUUUGGUCUCACUUUUUCGGUUUCGUCUCUGUGCUAUACCGUUGUUUAAAAACCGUUUACUACUAUGACUCUCUCUCCCAACACCUAUUACCUAUUAGGACUCUCUCUCCCAACAAAGAUCGACGCAGCAGGAGUUACAAUGAAUCAACAGGAACAACAUGAGGAGGAGAAGCAGAGGUUCGCCGUGAGAAGCUUUGUCUCUCAAUGGAUAUAGACAAGCGUCGAAUUUACGGUUACACAGAGCUUCAAGUGGUUGUUCCUGAAAAUAGAGCUUUCUAUUUUCCCGUGCAGAAAUCUUAGUCGCAAUCAACUACAGGGCCAGCUAAAUGACAUUUUUGGAUCGCUUUCAGCUCUCUCUACUUUGUGAUCUUCCUGAAAGUUUUACCGCUCUUUCAAGUAUGGCCAAUAUGUAUUUGCAAAACAACCAGUUUACAGGCUCUAUUGAUGUCCUUUCUAAUCUUCCCCUGCAUAAUUUGAAUAUUGGAAAUAACCAUUUCAGCGGUUGGAUUCCUGAAAGAUUAAAAAACAUAAAUAUUCAGAGAGAAGGCAACUCAUGGAGUUCCGGUCCUGCACCACCUCCUCUACCUAGAACUCCUCCAUCCAGCAGUAGCAACCGAAAUAGAAAACAAAAUGACAAUAAAAACUCAUCAGAUGGUGGUGGAAGCAAGAAAUCAGGUAUAGGCGGUGGUGGUGUGGCAGGAAUUGUGAUAUCCAUUUUAGUUGUUGGAGCCGUGGUUGCAUUCUUUGCAGUGAUCAAGAAAAGGUCCAAAAGAUCAUCUACAGAUGUAGAGAAAGCUGAUAGUCAGCCUUUCACUUCUUACGCUUCACAAGAAGUCCAAGUUUAUAGGUUGGCCUUCCUUGUCUUCUGCAGGUUCUGGAUAGAAUUUUGAAUUCCAGCAAAUGCUACCAGGAAUUCUGCCGCAUCACCAAGCCUUCAGACCUGGAAAUUUUGAUCUGGAUAGGAGAGGAUUUGUGUUAAGUUCACUUUGUUAGUCCGGAUGGUAAACAUAUUGUUGUUGCUCUUCUGGAUUGUACUGUGAAGGCUGCAGAAGAUUACCAGAAAUCCUUGAGUAGGAAUAACAGCCGCAAAUGGACUGUACAGGCAUAUACUUCUGGUAGAUUAAUUUGCUAGCAUAGGACACAGUGUCAUAGUCAGGGAAGGCUUUCUUUUGGGUACUUCUCCUUAUAUGUUAGCAGUUAUCUGGAUCUAUUGCAGUAUGUCAACGCGGGGUCUGUGAUUUCUCAACAAAAGCUGAAGUGGCACAAUCAGGAGGUGCAUCUGGAAUGUUGGUGAUAAAUAGUGAAGCAGAUGGGCUACCCGUGAUGGAUUGUCCCCACACUAAAACCCUUAAUAUCAGUAUUCCAUCUGUGGUUGUCACAAAGUCGGAUUGAGAGUUUCUAAGUAAGGCUUUGGCUGGUGGAAGCAGUGUGGAAUUACUACUUUAUGCACCUGUUCGUCCAGUGCUGGAUAUGUCACUGCUAUUUUUAUGGUUUAUGGCUGUUGGACCGUAACUUGUGCUUCACUUUGGAAAGGCUCAACAGUGUGCGAUAAAAUUGAGGGGAGCUAUAGCCAACUAUCACUGAAGGAAUCCUCAGAGACCGAUGAAGAUGAUGAAGAAGUUGUUGAAAUUAAUGUGAUGAGUGCCAUUGUUUUUGUCAUCACAGCAUCCACAUUUCUGCUUCUGCUGUAUUAUUUUAUGUCAUCUUGGUUUGUGUGGUUGCUGAUUGUACUUUUCUGCAUCGGUGGUAUCCAGGUAUUGUAGGUCAUAAUGGUUUUAUCUUUAGAAAUUUUGUUGAUCAUGGCUCUAAAGAAAAUGUUUGGUUGUGUGCAUAUGUGAAGUGUUUUUGGUCAUGGGAUUUCUUAUUUCAACAAUCUGCAUUUAGAAAGUGUGUUUUCUAGACGAACAAGAUUCCAAGUAAUUUCUGAACCUUAAACACUAAACCCAGUAAACUCUGCAUUAGUGGACAUACACUUAAUGUAAUUUAAACUCUGCAUUAGUGGACAUACACUUACAUUAAUGGACAUACUUUUAUUAUAAAAGUAAUCCUAAAUGUAAUAUUACAUUUAGUCGUCCUCUUUUUUAGGAUCAAGUGGCUUCUCUUCUAAUUGUAAUUGGCUCCAUUUCUUAACAAGUUAACAUCUCUUGUCACCUUGUGAUUGUUAGCUGCAGGGUUGAUAAACAGCUUUCAAAAAGAGUACUAAGAUAUUAGAAUUAUAAGAAAACUGGUAUGUUUUUAUUCAUUCCGUUGAAUUCUGUUUAUAAAACUUUGUGUUUAAAAUAGAUAUAGCAUAAUUAGCACAUAUCCUGUUUCAAAUUUAAACUAAUAUGACUUAUCUAAAUAUCUAUAUUUAACCAACUAAUGUCUUGCCAUGGAGGACUGUUAUUGAAUAAGUUCUACAGACUUUUAUUUGACUACUUCAGCUUCAGCUGGUUACUUGACAGCCAUAUUAGUACCACGUCUCUGAAAAAGAUCGGCGGACACAUAUAUCCAAAUACAAUAUUCGACAAGUUAAGUGGAUCCCCUAUCUGCAAUGCUCAAUUUUCAAAUGAGGACAAUCAUUAUAAAUCGGAUGGAUACCCCGUACACCUAGAUCAGAUGGAUGAAUUUACAUGUCUUCUGGGUAAAGUUGCUCUACUCAUGGGAUGUCUUUCGCCUUAUUUUACACAAUCCAUUGACUUCUAUUUAGAUCUAUUUUAAAAUUAUUUUCAAUUCAUUUUUAUGUAAGACUUAUAAUGCAAGUGAUUUAGACACUUAAUAUUAUUAUUAUUAUUAUUAUUGGUAAGAGUCGUUUUAAUAGAGUUAUCCAGUUUAAUGUGUGAAAUAAUUGUACAUAUCUUCGGCUGCUCUAAAACUUAGUAUGUGUUAUUAAAGUUACAAGAGGAAUGAAUUGUGCUUUGCUUUAAUUUUCUUAUGUCAUUCGAUCACACCUAUAUAUAUAGAAUAUAUAUAUAGAAUCAACAUGUACAUGCAAGUUGAUAUAACAUGGGGUAUAUGGAUCUUUGCUGCAUGAAUAGCCCAUCCAUUGUUGCUCUUAUGCCUGAGGCUUUGCCACAGAACAUGUCAGAUGGCUGUUGUCAUGGUGCUGUUUUAGCAACAUACUUUGAUGUUACUCUCUUGUUAUGCAAAGUGGAUGUGUACAAGCAAGGUCCAACGGAAACAUGGCUGCUCUAAACAGGUUGAUCCGAGUUUUGGAAUACUGAUGCAAAGGACUAGGUAUAUAGAAUAAAGGAAAAUAAGGCCCAACAAAGUUUGCAUACAUGAUAAAACCUUCUGUGCAAAUAUAAUCCAGGUCCAGAUAUAUGCACUUUGGUAACAAGACACAAAAGAUGACAAAAUGUCUCAAACAAGACUUUUUCUAGAUAA